AUGGAGGAUAGAGCGAAGAGCUUGGCAUUGGUUGGAGUCGGAGCUCCUUUGGACUCAGUUUCUACCAUUGCUCUUCUCAAGCUUCUUUCGAGGCUACUGAAUUGGAGACUAAGUCACCAUUUCAAUAAGGUAAAAAGGCUUUUGUCUGAGACACAUACAAGAUGCAAUGAGGUUUCUUCGGAUGGAAAUGAUGGGAUGGCUUGUGCAAAUCUGCUAAAUGACGAGAUAGUUUCUGAACAACUAACCAGGAACAUUCAAUUUUUUGGCCUUGAGUCUCAACAGAAAGUGACUACAUCCUAUGGUGUCAUUGGUCUUGGAGGAGUUGGAAGUCAUACGGCUUCAAUGCUUUUAUCGUCAGGAGUUGGCAGGCUUCUUCUCGUGGACUUUGACCAGGUAUCACUUUCAUCACUGAAUCGACAUGCUGUUGCAAAAAGAGCAGAUGCUGGUAUUCCAAAAGCCCAGUGCCUCAAAGAACAUUUCUCAUCAAUCUUUCCAGAGUGCCAUAUCAAAGCAAAGGUGUUACUGUAUGAUGCAUCAUCUGCAGAAGAGAUCCUUUCAGGUUGGCCUGAUUUUGUUUUGGAUUGCAUUGAUAAGAUUGACACGAAGGUGGCACUUCUUGCUGCAUGUGUAUGUAGGGGUUUGAAGGUUCUAUCAGCAACAGAAGCUGGUGCUAGAGCUGACCCAACAAGAAUUCAUGUUGCUGAUUUGAGAGAAUCUACGAACGACCCAUUAUCUCGAUAUGUAAAGGUGCUGGCUUUUUCUAAUUAUGGCAUUGAUGGUGGAAUUCCUGUUGUUUUUUCUUUAGAGAAACCCAAUGCAAAGCUUCUUCCAUUCAAAGGACCUAGUGGAGAAGAAAAUCCUUCAGAUUAUCAGAUAGUACCAGGUUUUAGAGUUCAUAUCAUUCCUGUCUUGGGGACCAUUCCUGCAAUUUUUGGACAGGUCAUGGCCUCCUAUGUUGUUACGCAACUGGCAGGGUUGCAAGUUCAAACAGAACCUGUGGUAAGUUUGGAUGUGGAUCAUUAUCGGACUCUUCAUCAAUGUCUUAUUGAGCAUGAGGAGUCACUGUAUGGUACUGCCAUGCAAGUCCAGGUUGAUGUGGAUGAAGCCAUGUAUAUUGCAAAAGAGUUGUGGCAUGGACGAAGUGCUAGAGAGCUUUUUGCAAAAGAUGUAGAACGUGGAAUGUGGAGAUCUUUUAAUGAAUUGAUGCUUGUGAGGUGGGAUAGGCAAAAAAUGGCAUCUGUCUCCAACUUAAUUCUUUUGAAAUUUAAAAAGGCAGAUGAACAUGAAUCAAUGACACUCGAUGAUAUUAAAGAAAAGGAACCAUAAUUUUUCAAUAGGGUGACAUCUGUGCUGAAGCGAGCUGAACUAGAGUUUGAUUUAUGACUACAUUGAAUCUCCUUUUUCCAUCUUCAGCUCUAGUUCAGGGGUAUUACCUUUCCUGUCCUUUCGUUGGUUUUAUAUGUGGAAAACUUUGUUCCUAUAUGUAUAGUACCCACCCAAGAGGAGGACCGGGGUCAGAAAGAAAUAUUUUUAUCAAUCCCAGAACAUGAAAGUCCUAGUAAGCCAAUGAAAAUGAGCAUAGCAAACAUACUCACGUAGAAAAUCCUGUAGCGCUUUUAGAUUUUUGCUUGUAUGCCAUAUGUUUAUUUGAAUGAGGAUAGGUUUUUGCAGGUUAAUUGAAAUCAACAUGGAAUUCAAUUCAUAUAACUAAAAACUUUUGCCAGCAUGUUAUCCUGCUAAUAGUAUAAAUGAGAAUCAAGUUAAGCCUUGAUUUAAUUUGACUGAGCUGGUUGGUUAGAGCACGGUGAUCCGGUUUUUCCUCAACAUUUGGCAUUAAACAAAGAAUAAACUGGAUAAAUUUUCCUGCACUGCAGAUUGACAAAAAUGAAACGUUAUAACUGAAAACAGGACAAACAGUAUUAGAGGCCUGUAAACCCCAAGGAAAUUAGAGAGAUAUGCAUUCUUAUAUGAAAAAGACAAUAAAAUCCCUUGUGAUAUUAUUGACUUUGGCGUUGAAAUGUUGUCAUUCACCAUAUUGGUGCCUUUUGCAGUUCUCUUGUUUUCCUUGCUGUCCUCUGGCGUUACAUCAAAGUGGUUAGUGACAAAACAUAUUACAUCACCUAAUAUGUGAAAUUUAACUUUCAAUGCCAUAUAAAGCGUAAAGCGUAAGAAAAAAGGACAUUAAAUGUAGUUAAAACUAGCCUAAUAGCAUCAACACUUUUUUUUUUUACUUUUUUUUUUGGUUCCCCCUAGGUUUCAAUUGUUUAUUUAUUUUUUUUCUCCAGUUAAACCUUUUU